AUGCUACGAGAUCUGUCUCACUACGCCUUUCUUUUCCCUUCACUCAGUGUCUAUCGACAUCUCUUGGCCAUCGAGUUUCCUGUAAAGUUUUUAAUUUUCUCGAUACGUUUUUCUUUUACACACUUCCCUUUUUCCUUCGACUUCUUCUCCUGUUCCUCCGCUUCCACCUUCUUCUUCGCCGCCAUAUUAUUAUUAUUAUUAUUAUUAUCAUUUUUUCCUCUUCUUCUUCUUCUUCUUUUCUUCCCUCCCUCCUGUACUGCCUUCUUCUUCUUCUUUUUCGCCUUCUUCUCCUGUGCCGCCGCCUUCCAUUUUUACUUUAAUCUAUGGGAAGAUGCCCUGAAAAACACACCUGCCUGUCUCCCGACCAUAACCCGGCGAAAUGUUUACUUUUCUUUUAUCUUUGUACCUUUUUUCAUUAAUUCUGAUUUUCUUCUUUCGACUUUGCUCUUUUUUUCUUUCUUCUUGAUAUUCUUUCUUUCGCUAUUUUUUCUUCCUUAA